CGACUUUCCCAAAGAAGAAGGGAGAAAUCCAAAGUCUCAAACUUUGCAGCCCUCUCUCUCUCCUCCCUCUCUCCCUCUCUCUCUCCUCCCUCUUUCUCUCUUCCUCCACUUUCAUAACUGAUUCUUGCCCUGAUUCAGCUCAAAUCUUCCUUUCCCUGAUCAGAAAUCUCGAAAAGUGUCCGCCUUUGAGCUCCUUCUCGGAAGCAGGAAGCUCAUGACAACUGCAGCUCUGCCUUUUUUCUCGCAUUUCAACAGCAACCCAUGUCAGUUUUUAGUCUCUUAAUCUCUUAAUUAAUCUUCUUUCUUGCUUAAUUAAUUAUCAAAAUCGGAUUUUGGAUCCGACCCAGAAUUCGAUUUCGAAAAAAAGUAGUGGAAAUUGGUGCGACAUUCAAAACCCACCAAGAUUUUGUUCAUAUUUCUGCGAUUUUUAGCCAUGAAUUAUUUGUACCCAGUGAAGGAAGAGUACCCGGGAUCGAGUUCGUCGCAACCAUGUCCGGGUUUCGACCAGACGGUGAUGAUGACCCGCCGCCGCAGCCGAUGGAGGGCCUGAACGACACGGGCCCUCCGCCGUUUCUUAACAAGACGUACGACAUGGUGGACGACCCGGGGUCGAACCGGGUCGUCUCGUGGAGCAAAGGAGGGGCUAGCUUUGUUGUUUGGGACCCACAUGCUUUUGUGAUGAGCCUCCUGCCCAAGUACUUCAAGCACAAUAAUUUCUCAAGCUUUGUGAGGCAGCUCAACACUUACGGUUUUAGAAAGGUUGAUCCUAACAGAUGGGAGUUUGCCAAUGAAGGAUUUGUAAGGGGUCAGAAGCAUCUUUUGAAGAACAUUAAAAGAAGGAAAGCACCUUCUCAGCCUUUUCCGGCACAGCAAUCUGUUGGACCUUGCAUGGAAUUAGGCCACUUUGGGAUAGAUGGAGAAGUUGAUCGUUUGCGGCAUGACAAGCAGGUUCUAAUGAUGGAACUAGUGAAGCUUAGGCAGCAGCAGCAGAGUACUAGAGCCUACCUUCAGGCCAUGGAGCAAAGGUUACAGGGGACAGAAAUAAAGCAGCAACAGAUGAUGUCUUUCUUGGCAAGGGCAAUGCAGAACCCGGCUUUUAUACAGCAGCUAGUCCAACACAAGGAGAAAAGAAAGGAGCUUGAAGAGGCAAUGACUAAGAAAAGGAGGAGGCCAAUUGAUCAAGGACCUGGUGAUGUUGGUGGUGACGAAUCAAACCAGGUUAAAAGGGAGCCUCUUGAAUUUGGAGAUUGUGAGUAUGAAAUGUCGGAGCUUGAAGCUCUUGCGAUGGAAAUGCAAGGAUUAGGUAAGGUGGGAAAGGAACAGGAGGAAGCUGUAGAGCCGCUAGAUAGCGGGGAUAAAGAGCUUGAUGAAGGAUUUUGGGAAGAACUAUUCAGUGAGAGGUUUGAGGGAGACUUGACCAUUCCGAGUGCUGAAGUAGGCGAAGAUGAAGAUGUUAUUAUCUUGGCUGAUCACUUAGGUUACUUUGGUUCAUGGCCAAAGUAGACUAGCAAGCUGCACUUCUUCUGCAUUGCUCUCUCUCUCUCUCUCUCUCUCUCUCUCUCUCUCUCUCCCUCCCCUCUUCCGUUUUCACUGCCUCAUUGACCAUUUCUUUCAAAACAAGGCUAAAGCCUUGGACACUUGUUUUCAUAGUCUCGCAUUUUGUCUCUUGGGUCUCUCUUCACGUGCCAUUAGGCCAUAACUUUCUUCUGAAUUUCUUGGUAUUGACAGGAUAGGGGGAUUAGCAAGCGGUUAUUUGUGGAAAAGAAACCAUCUUUGUUUCUGGUGUUUCUAACCCUGCACAUGAUAAUUGAUUGCCUCCUUUUCAUCUUCUAAUAAUUUCCUCUCUUCUUUCUUUAUCCUGGUUUAGGUUGCAGGCAUUGAUCGGACAGAAUCUUUGGUAACUAUUAUCGCUAUUUAUCGCAAGGUGGUUGUUUAUAAUCUAUGAAAACCACUGUUCUAUGUACCAUAAAUAAAAUAAUUAUCUAUCUCUUGCCUGUUGUAAUCUAUUUAUGGCCUCUCUUAAAUGAAGGUAGAUUGUUGAGAAACUGUUGAACUUGAAAAGGAGUUGCUGCAAAAGCUCCAAGAAACCCUAAAACAUGUUGUUUUUGGGUCCAAGUGACUGCAUUGGUAUCUUGUCAGUAUGAUAUUUUCUGUUACUGAAAUUAGAUGUAAAGAGAGCUAGGUAGUAAUGAACUUCAUAAUGUUACGUUUGUACCGUGUAGAUCGUAGAUUGGUUCAUGUCGGAUACGGUUCUCUUCUCAGUCACUUCAUCAGCUGUGGACUCCCAAAAACUGGUACAGUAUGCUCUUUAAAACAUCACCUUUAAAAUGUGUUCCUUACCCCAUUGGUGUCUUACAGAUGAAGACAGGAUACAAGUACGAAAGUACUUCUACGAAAAGCACGAAUUUGAUCAGUUUGUAAGACUAAUGCAACUUUGAUCCGAAAGAUUUUGUAAUGUAGAUGGCAGUGUCAUCUCAACAGUUCAAGUAUAUUCUUGUAA